AUGGCACCGUCGACUGUCGAUCUGCUAUUUUUGACCUUCAACUGCGCGAAAGCAUUGAUAAAUACUACAGUUUUUGCCAAUCAUCUAGAGGGGGCUUUUGGACGGAAUGCCACAGACCUGCCGGACCUUGUUGUCUUGUCCCUCCAAGAAGUUGCGCCCCUGAGCUACGCAUUCAUCGGUGACUACUUCCUUCGACCGUACAUCGAGCGUUUCAGCACUGCCGUCAACCAAGCUGCUUCCCAGCAUGCUCUAAAGCACGGCAUGGCCGACCCGGCAUCAUCCGAUUCCGAACGAGCAGCGCAGCAAACACACUACGAGCUUUUGAAGUCAAAAAACGUGGGCUACACGGCGAUACUAUUGUUUGCCAAGGACUCGAGUCGCAUCAGGGACAUCAAAGAGGCAGAAGUUGGGUUUGGCGCAGCGGACAUGGGGAACAAGGGUGCUGUCGGUCUCAGAACCGUUUACGAUGCAGGAGAGAGUGGCUCUGCGGAAAUGACGUUUGUUGCAACCCAUCUGGCCGCCAUGGAAUGGAACUUACCUCGCCGCAAUGCUAACUGGGCUUCUAUCAUGCGAUGCAUGACAUUCGGGGACCCGCUGCCGCUGCUCGAGAUGAUACGCGGCGGAAGCCCUGACGUCGGCGCGGAAGCAGAGGGCGUAGGACUGCUACAGGGCGAAAAUCGUCCAGAUACGAAUGCGCUGCAAAAACAACUGCACGAACUAUCACUGUUCAAGCCCACGGCGCAUCUCUUUGUCGGUGGAGACCUCAACUAUCGUAUAUCGACUAGCUCUCCACCUCCCGACGCCGCCUUUCCCAGCCUAGAUGCCGAAUCGGAUAAUUAUUACCCGAAGUUCUUCGAGCUAGACCAGCUCACACGGGAGAAAGCAGCAGGCAGGACUUUGCAUGGGCUGACCGAGGCCCCGGUACACUUUCCGCCAACCUACAAAUACGACGUGUUGGAGACUGGCGGUAAAGACGAUGAUGAUAUAGGCCCUGUUCCAUGGAAAUUUGCUCCGCACCGCUAUCCUGGCUGGACAGACCGUGUUCUGUAUCUAGACUUACCCAGCUGGGCGUUUUCCAAGCAAGGCAGCGGCAGCAUGAAGGUUCAUGCGUAUGAUGCUCUUCCGCUGAUGCGCACAAGCGACCACCGACCGGUUUUUCUUCGCAUCGAAGCUCCCUUACUCAGUCCAUCGGCCCUACUGCCAACUGUAGCGUCACUAGCCACCUCUACGGACCCCCGAGUGCGGCUGCCGACAGAGCUGGACCCCGAGGCAUGGGAGCGUCGCGUGGCAGCGAGACGGCGCGAGCUUCUCGUGGGCUGGAGCAUGUUCCUUUGGAGCACCAAAGAGGGAGCGUCCAUCUUGGCCACGUUUUUGAUUGCUUCGAUUGGCGGAUACUGGGUAUAUCGCUCGGUCUAG